AUGCUUAAUAUUAGGUGUUGCUUGUUGGCUUUUUCCUUGGUCAAAUACCUUUCCCGAACGGCCAGUGCCAGGCCAAGCCUAUGGACGCCUCCCAAUACCAUCCAUGAUAUAUCCCUGGCACCAACAGCUUUCGCACCGUUGGCUCACGCGAGGCCAGCCUUGGACGAAGAUGAAAGGUUAUCAAAAGCAGCUAGGCUCAAUCCAAUCGGAUACGGUGAGGUUUAUCAUCAGCCUAGAAAUGAUUACGGCGCAACCAACCAGGCCCAUGAUUUGUUGGCCGGGACAGUGCCUGACACACCACACCAGUCGGAGCCUUUGACCAGUCGCCUACAAUUCAACUCGGCAAUCUGGGAAGACUUAGAUCUACAACAACUGCAUACGCUCAUAAGUCAGCCAGGAGAUUCGGAAGCUUUUCAUCAGCAGGAGAGUUCCUUUCAGGGAGCUGAUAAUUCGCACCUCGGGCAGCAAAUCCAUGCUUCCGGAGCAGGCUUUGAGAACAGAUACUUGAAUGAGGCGCACAUGGGAGAUGUGAAUGAACACCAUUACCACUCCUCGCUUGCCCGGCAAACCUUCGAUGAUCACGCAGCUUCUUGA